AUGUGUAAUGGUCAAGAAAAAGAUCCAAGAGUUAAAGCAGAACAUGAAGCACAAGAACAAAAACCUCUUAAAAUAAAGGAAAAAUGCAUUAUAUCAAACUGCCAAGUUAGAUAUCAGCUAGGAGAUACCUCUAAUGGUGAAGGGUCUUCAAAUAUGAUAAAUAAAGUUGCUUUAAUGGAUCAGAAUAUUGCUUUCAUAAGUCAGGAUAUUGGUUCAAUGGAUGGUGAAAUAUCGGAUAAUGAGAUAUACAAUUUUUCACCUCUUCCUCAGUCUGAAAAUCUUCAGUUCCUUGUCAAAAGUGAUAAAGAUUAUGAAACUGAAGAAGAGAGUGAAGAAGAGGAUGUAAUAAAUUUCGAUGCAUCUGAUAUAGAUGAUAGUCCAGAAGCCAAUAUCCGAAAUGUUAAUGAAGAUUUUUUGUUAACCAAUAUUAGCAAGGAAAAAUAUGAUAGUUUUCCUACUUCAAUUAAU